UCAGUCGCAGACUCUGCUGCAUGCCGAGCGCCAGCCCGAAGUGAUUCCGAACGGUGUAAGUAAAGUGUUUCGGUGCUAGUUACUAAGCGAGUGCUUUUUAAGAUGACAUCGCCCUCUUCUACCCUAGACGGUUUACCAAAACAAUUUGUUAGUGCCAUGCGCACCCUUUUUGACAUUAUGGAUGAUAAGCACACAGGAUUUGUUAGUUUUUCUGAAAUAGAAAACAGAUGGCAAGAUGACAACACUAAAGGAUUGCCUAAGGGCGUUAUAGAAAGUCUGAGGAAAGUUACGCCACCUAAUAGCAUGUUAUCAUUUGAAAGAUUUUGUGCCGGUCUGAAGAUUUGUUUAUUAAGAAACCAAGUAGAAAGACGUGAAACGAAACAUCAAGAACCGAUCAAUGUGAAACCUAACCGCCCUCCUUCGGCGCCGCUUCUCGAUCUAGACACCCCUCAGAAACCACCGAAUUGGAGUAAUACUGCCGCAAUACGCCCGAAUAAUGUGAUAACGCAACAACGAACCCUCUCUAUGCCUCAAUUAUUACCAGAAAGAAAAGAGAGAAAUACAGAAACGGUUGACAAGCUUACAUUCGAAAAACCAGUUCCAAACGUAAACAAACCCAUGCUUUUUGGCCCUCCAAAGCCUCCUCGUUCCGCCAUAGGCUUGGAACGAGCUGCUACAGCAGGAAAUUUAGAUAGAGCUGAAAUUAGAACUGCGUUACAAAAUUGGCAGAUAGGUGUUAUGAUGAGCGAUCAAGAAAACAAAAAUGGUGAAAAACGACAGGGGCAAACAUACAACGGUGGAUUAUUGAGAACUAGCAGGAGUUUGGGUGAUGGAAAAGAUGCAAUCCAAGGGGAAGUUCAAGGUGUACAAGGAGGAAUUUAUCAGAAAAAAACAAACCCUAGAAGAAGAGAACCUCGGAGACAUACAUUACAAAACGGGAUAGAUUACAAUAUGUUAAAGCGAAUGAAGCAAAUAGAACAGGAAAAAGAAGUUUUAAUGCAGGGAUUGAGUGCUGUCGAGAAUGCUAGGGAAUGGUAUAUGAAACAAAUCACUAUUGUACAAGAUAAAAUGAAAUAUUUAGGAAGAAUGGGUCACGUGGAGCAUUGGUCUGAAGCACAACAAGAAAGGUUAGAAUUACAACGAGCGAGAGUUUUGGAAGUUAAUAGACAUCUAGCGGCGCUGACGGAAAGUUGGGAACGAGGAGGACUUCCACUCCAUAUGAAUUUAGCUGUCAAUCAUUACCCGCCAAUCAAUCCACCACCUCAAGAUAUAUCAGAAAGGUUAAAACAGCAAAAUAGAUUACUCACAGAGGAAGUAAGCAAGAAAAGCGAAAGAAUAUCAGUUCUUGAACGAGAAAAGGCUAAUCUAAUUCAAGUUCUGCAACACAGAUCUGUUCCUCAAAAAAGAAGCAAUGUACAGGAAGAAGCAGUGUUUUAAUAAAAAUUCCAUUCUCAAUGAAAUGUGUAUAAUAAAUAAUUUAAUUAGACAAAUGAGCGUUAUACGAAUUUGGAACAUUGUAAUGUGUUGUGAAAAAUUUGUGAGUUACCUUGUUAUUUUUCAAAAAAAAGAUAUUUUAAUAAAAAGACAUAAUUGGUGCCAUACAUAAAUUUCUAAUAGAUUAUAACAAAUAAAUGCUGCCACUUUACGUUU